AUGAUUCACACACGAGCUGGCACGCCCAACAAAUGCAUUAGUUUGGCUCUUGCACUAGAGAAUGAUAGAUGGUGUAUACUGACAGAGGGGGAAGAAUUCUGUAGCAUACUGUGCAAGAUCUUUAUUUACACCAAGGAGGAGGUCCAGAAGAUGAAUUUGAAAUCAUCCUGUGCCCAAGAAAGGAGGAAGUUCCAUGGAUGGUGA